GCGUAUGAUGCACCAUGCAGCUCCUGAUAAUUUGGUGUGUUACGUUUAUUUGCCUUAGCAGAGAAAAUAAAGUUUCUUCAUGUGAUGUGACGACUAAAGUACGAAGAAGAGAAAUAAAACGUGUUUCCCCUGGACAGAAUCUGACAGUCAAGUGUCCCGUCCAACACUGUGGGAAGUCAUUCAAUGUCGGCUGGUUUAAAUUUUCUGCCACAUUAGCGAACUGGGAAGCCAUUCCAGAUACGGAGAACAUAAAAAUCACACAGAAAUAUGACAAAGAGAAUGUGAUUUCAUAUUUAAGUUUUGAGCAGGUUUCCAUUAAUGAUGACGGCCUGUACCAAUGUACUGCAGGACACGGUAACGAAGUAGUCAGCCAUUCCAUCAACAUCUCAGUUUCAGAAUCAAACAAAGGAGUAGAAAAUCCUGAUGAUGAUGCAGUUGGCUCAGGCAGCAUUGAUGAUGAUCUCUCCUCGCUAUCCAUCCUCCUGAUCUGUGUUACCAUUACACUUCUGAUCGCUGCAGCGAUCGUGUUGGUCCUCAUGUGCUUUCAUGGAUGCAAACGAACGUGGACCCGCAACUACAAAAACCAAGAGCAGGAAAUAUCUACACAUAUGAUACCAGAACUCCCCAAGACGAUCGCCCUUUCUUCUCCCAGCCUGCGAACUCCAACCUCUGUUCUGAAUGACAUCUAUUCUUCGAAUAAACCAGAAAGAUCAACAUCACCUGGACUCGCUCUAACUGGGAACCAGCAGACUGUUACAUACUCAACAGUGAAAACAGAAGCACCUAAAAGUGAAGUGUAUGCUGUCAUCAACCCCCUACAGCGUGGGACAACAGUCAGAAACUACACAUGUAAAAACGACACAAAGACAAAUUACGCUGUUAUCAAUGUGACUUAAAAGUUGAGUACUUUUCACUGAUUAAGAAUAACUUAGAAACAUCCAUACUCGUGUGGAAGCGUCAUGGAACGGUGCGGUUUAAGUGUCAGUGCAGAAAGAGUUUGUGGUCAUAAAGCUGUAACAUUUGAAGUAGACA